AUGGAAAACGCUGGUAGCCCGACUCCGAGAUGUCCUUGCGGAUUCUGGGGGUAGGAUUGUGUUUGAUAUAUGUGUUGCCAUUUUGACCUUCUCAGUAAGCUUUUUACGAUUGGAGAAAAUUUUGGUGCGACUUGAUUAACACGAGAAAAAUGCCUUUUAUUUCCCAUUUCCAGCUCUCCACAGACCUUAAAUUUGUGUUCAAAGUGUUACAAGGACGGUGAGUUAUCCAACAUCGUUUGUGCUUCUCUAUCAGGCGUUAAAUUUUAUAAUGGACGGUGGACACAACAUUGCAAAGCUAAGGUCACGCAUGCAGUCUGACGGCAGUUUUUCAUGUCUUUGAAUACAUUUCUCCUCUGUUUCUAGAAUUACAACGAAAGGAGAAAGUAGAAGAGAAUAAUGCCUCCGUUCCAUCGAAUAUACCUAAAGUGCAAACUUCUAGUCGAAAUGAAUGGAAACAUGAUCUUGGAAAGGUGAUCUCGAGAGAACAUCAAGUCAACCGCGAAGUCCAAGGUGACACGAACGAUUCAAAGUGUAGGAAAACAGAAACUGAACAAGCAGCUCAGGGAAACAACUCUCUAGACUUAAAAACAAGCGAGCAAGAAAAGGGAUCGAGAAAUGAAGUCCUAGGAAAAGAUAUAUCUACACAGAAGAAGCGAAAACGUUGCUGGACGUGCAAGGCCAAACUUGAACUUGCUCAGAGAGAACUGGGCAAUUGUAGAUGUGGUAAGUACACCAAAUGAUCGCCCUUUAUGUAGUGUACAUGUAUGAUGUCGUUGCGUCCUUGCUCAAACGAAAUCUGGUGCCACUUUUCGCCUGGGCUGGGUUGUUCAAAGCUGGGUUAAGAUAACCCAGGGUUAGAGCGAGAUUUGAAUUCAGAUUUGAAGGGAUAAAAAGCAUUUCAGAUUUAAUUCUUUUUGUCUACAAGUUGAUGAUUGGAAGCUCUAAAUAUAACAGAGAAAAUUAACCGAGAAAAGGCUUUUGAACACAAGAAAGAGAAACCCGGGUUAAAUUUAACCCGGGUUAAGCGCUAAUCGGCGUUCGAACAACUGAUUCCAGGACCCUGGGGAUGGUCUAUAUUUUAUCCACACGGGACACCCACCCCCCGAAGGAUGAGUAGAAACUGAAUCUUCAAAUUUUUGUUGCGGCCCUUUGAAAAAUGAAAUCCGAAGGGUUCGUUCUUUGCAUGUUGGCACCUUUGAAAAAUUUGUCAGAUCCCCCCCCCCCCCCCCCAACCCCCCAUUUGAAAACCUGUCAUCCUUAAGGGAGGGGUUUGGAUCAAAAAUGGAAUGUCCCCUGGACAGAAAUGCAAUUGACCCAUAAAAGUUGAGCUUGGACAUAAAACUGUAACAAGGAUGACAUUCAUUUUCUUGGGCUCCCAUAAGAAUUUUUUUUUGGUGUUUCUACAGGUGAUUUAAUAUUACAUCUUUAGCCCUUGAAAAAUGUAAGAAAGAAUGCAAUAUGCUUUAACUUAUUCUGGUACAAGAUUUUGGUCCACUGAAAAUUAAAAUUACUCACUGUCCUGCUGGAUUCCGUCUUAAAUAUUUUGGGCCCUUGAAGACAGAAAAAGUGAAAAUUUCCUUACAUUAAUUUGUUGUGCAGUAGGGCAAAGGGAAGAAAUUCUUACUUCUAGUGUUAUGUCCUGUGGCAAAGCUUGCCUUUUACUUGGUAUCCUUAAGGUGAUUCCCUAGUAAAAGAACCUAACAUAGAUUGUAGAUGAAACUUGGUACACUGAUGUAACAAGUCAAGAAGAUGAUAAAAAGGUAAUAAAAAGUGGGGGUCACUGUGCUCGUUUUGACGUCACAAUGCUGACAAAUACAGCUAUUUUGGACUCUUUGACAAAAACCGUGCGCAGCCCAAAACUAGACAGAAAGGAAAGAUUUUUUCAAUGAUGCAUGUGGUAUCGCACAGAAUUUGACUUUAAUGUAUUGUUUAUCCACUUAUGUAUCAGAAAAAUGCCUUUUAAUGCCCUUGUUUUUACUUUACGAUCCAAAGUAGAUUUAAAUUGGACACGCGCUAUUCGACACGUGAUAGCUCAAUCCGUACAAUUUAGUAAAAUUGCCAAAAAACUGAACAUAGAUUGGUGCCAAUUUUUUUCUCACUGAAAGGAAGCACUGUCCUUAUUAAAAUCAUGAAAUAAAAAAAGGGGGUCACUUUACUCGUUUUUGCGGUAGAGCUGCAGAAAGUGCGCACCAAACGCAUUUUCCUUGAUUUUUGAGAGAGGACUGGGGCGAGUUUCAAAAUAGAAUGUAUGCGAAAGGGGAAAGAAAGUGUUAAAAAAUCCGUUUUUACAGAAUUUAUAUCGAGAUAUCACAUUUAGGACACAAUGUGAUAAAGAAAGCGUUUAAAUGAAAAUCAAAGUGAAUAAGCACAAAUUAAACAUCCACUAUCGAGGUUCUCCAUGAGGAAGUCGAACUCAGCAACACGCGUACUGCUUACAUUAUGCACAUUCCCACCACAUUGAGCCUCACCUCGGGAAGAAGCAACCGCAAGCAAAAAUUGCAAUGGCAUUUCUCUUUGGUCAACUUCAUUUUAAUAAUGUUACUUCACAUGCUCUUUUUUACGGAGGCCAUCUUGUUAUGCGCAGUAAGAGAUGCGCAGUGCAAAACCAGGGAAUCACUUUUAAGUCCAUUUUACCUCAUUCUUUCUUUUAGAUUUUGUCUUCUGUCAAUUGCAUCGAUUGCCAGAGCAACAUAAUUGUGUUUUUGAUCACAAAGAAAGUGGGCGUCAAGAAGCAAGAAAGAAGAUGGUUAGUCCAGGGCCAAAGAAAGUAGGAAGAUCUUUUCAGAGGAUAGAUGAAUGA